AUGAAAAGGGAGAACCAGAGCAGCGUGUCCGAGUUCCUCCUCCUGGGGCUCCCCAUCCGGCCAGACCAGCAGGCUGUGGUCUUCGCCCUCUUCCUGCUCAUGUACCUGACCACGGUGCUGGGGAACCUGCUCAUCAUCCUGCUCAUCAGGCUGGACCCUCGCCUCCACACCCCCAUGUACUUCUUCCUCAGCCACUUGGCCUUCUCUGACAUUUCCCUUUCCUCUAUCACAGUUCCAAAACUGCUGGUGAAUAUUCAGGCUCAGCAGCAAUCCAUCUCCUAUGAGGAGUGCAUUUCUCAGAUGUAUUUUUUUGUUCUUUUUGGCUGUCUUGACAAUUUCCUCCUUGCGGUGAUGGCCUAUGACAGGUAUGUGGCUAUCUGUCAUCCACUGCACUAUGUUACUGUCAUGCGAGAGAAGCUGUGUGCCUUGUUAGUAGCAGGGUCCUGGUUUUUCUGUUGUGUCCAUGCCCUGUUGCACACCCUCCUCUUGGUCCAACUGUCCUUCUGUGCUGAAAAUAUUAUCCCCAACUUCUUCUGUGACCUCACUGCUCUCCUGAAGCUGAGCUGCUCAGACAUCUCCCUCAAUGAGCUGGUCAUCUUCACCGAGGGAGGUAUGCUUUUCGUCUUUCCUUUAAGUAGUAUUCUGGGCUCUUAUAUCCGUAUAGGGACCACUGUCCUGAGGGUUCCCUCCACUAAGACAGUCUAUAAAACCUUUUCUACUUGUGGUUCCCAUCUGUUUGUGGUAUCGUUAUACUAUGGGACACUUGCAGGUGUUUACUUUUUCUCUUUCUCACAGAACUCCAGUGACAGGGACAUAAUUGCUUCUGUUAUUUAUACAGUAGUUACGCCCAUGCUAAAUCCCUUCAUCUAUAGCCUGAGGAACAAAGAUAUGAAACAGGCCCUAGAAAUGUUUGUUUACAAGGCCAAUUUCUAUAAGUGA